AUGGAAAAUAAUCCCCAAAAAAGGGAGGGAAGAAAAUCUGGAAAUCGCUUUUCCGGCCACGGACGAGAUGCCAUGCUCACCGCUGUAAAGUGAAAACCCUAGCACUCGCUUGGAGUAGGAGGUUUAAGGUCAUCUUGUCAAUGGCGUUGAGUCCGUAUUUUAUCCAGUACUCUCCUCCCCGUGCCCUACGAGCUCACCAGCAAUUUGUCAUACCCUCAAUUUAUACUUCAAAAAUUGUGCUGAAAAACUCAAGGCAUUGCUUUUCUACCAUCUCUUGCUCCGUUGGGAGGCAAAUCCCGACGACAGAGGAAGAGGUCAUUCAAGCUGUGCUGGAGUCAGAUGAGAAGAUUCUUCCUUGCGUUCGGACGUACGAGAAUGACUUGUCUCGGCUUACUCUGGUCGGAGGCGUCGAUUUCCGACAGUCUGUUACGGCGGCUGCGGCUGAUGGCGGUGAAGCCGCCUCCGAGCACCUUGAUUCUGGAAUGUCUGCAAUGGUUGUGGAGACAGUAUUUCCGGGAACUUCUGACGAGCAUAGCACGGUAUCGACUCGGCUGUUUCUCCCUGCCAGAGAAGUCAAGGAAAAGGCUAGGAAGCUCAAAAAGUCUCUCGCUCAAGAUAUUCAUUUGAGCACUACAUCCAAAAAUAUACUCGCUAUGACAUUUAGACAAGUAGUAUUGCAGCAGCUUUGGAACUUUGAACUAGUUAUUUUUAAACCUGGAUCUGAAAGGAAUAUGGAAGAUCUUGAAAAUCUGAGAGAGCAGGUCCCAAUAUCUUUCACUCUCAGUUCAUCAGAUGAACGAGUCAUCUCUGUACUUGCAGAGGCUGUUUGCAUGUGUGCUCUUCAAAAUACCGAAAGAAAAUUUGUCAAUGAUGUAUCAAGUGGAACUUCAACUAGUUUUUUCGAUUGGUUUCGGAAGUCCACGAUUGUUGCAUCAAAGGAAUCCUCAGUUAUUAUCUACAAGUUAUUUGACAACGUGGUAGCUGAUGCCAAGAGUCUAUUACAAAAGUUCAAUUCAAAUAAGGAAAGCUGGAAACAUAGGAGUUCCAAAUCGAUGAACUAUUGGUGGAUGCCUUCUGAUCUCACUGAACUAGAAAAAAUUGGCGGGGCUGAAUUCAGUGCAUGGGCAAGUGAGUAUGUACCCUCUUACAAGCUACAAAUUGAUGCUCAUCAGUACAAAGAUUUAAAAUUUGGAGGCUGGAGAAAAUCUGUUGAGAAUAGGUGGGAAGUCCUUUUGACCCACUCCCAAAUGGUAGGGUUGGCGAACAUAUUAGAUGUAUUCUAUGAAGAUGUAUAUUCUCUGCCCAAUAAACAAUUGCAAUGUGGUGCAACUGUGCAUUCUGCUAACUUGUCGAGCAAAAAGAGAAACUAUUCCUCCUGGGGAUGGCUAUCCAAGACUUUAGCUGGUGGAAUUUUUCUUGUCCUUAUUAGUGUUGUUGGUCAACUUCUUCUGCCUCGGUUGCAUGUAUCUAGAAGGUAUAAUGUAGAACAGCCCGUUACAUCACUCUAUGGAGUUGACUCUGUGAAAGAUCAGGUUGUAGAAGCUGAAAAGUUGGAAAAAUACUGCAUCUCAAUUGUAAGAACUAUAAAAGAUGCCUUUGGUUGGCGUGGUGAUAUACACACAGAAAAAGGGGUUGGUGCAUGGAUUGGGGAAGCUCCUGAUUACUUGACGGUGGUCAAAUCUGAUAGUGCUGCUCCAUCUAGUACGAUAGACCAAGGCAGUAUUGAUGGAGUUAGAGCUACUGCACAGGAUAUAGCCAGCUAUCAGGUGGUCUUGUCGACUGAUGGAAAGAUAGUAGGAUUCCAACCAACUAGUCGGGUUGCUGUUAACUAUUGGGCUGCAAAUCCUUUAGCAAAGCAAUUGUAUGGUGGGAGGAAUUUGUCGCCAGGCUUUAUCGAAUCAGGGCUAAAGAUCAACCGCCCAAAUGAGGUGAUUGUGAUAGAGUUGCUUAUGUCGGUGAAGGCUGAUGCCUGCUUUGCUUUGGUGAGGCCCGCAAGUUAGUCAAUACCCGGAGUUUGCAGGCAGUAUUUGAUAUGCAACAACGCCAAUCCUAACGUGAAACACUCCAGAUAGUGCCACUCGCUGUUAAUCUUAGGCAUCCAAUCUCGACCAUUCGCUGUAUUUCACAGGAAUCUCCGUUGCUGGGGUCUAUAGAUAGUUAUUUUAUUUGAAUCGUAUAGGUAGUUUUUUUUGUAUCGAUGACGUAAAAUUAGUUUUUCUUUUUCCCUUUAAAGUUUAAUACAGACCACUGUAGGCAACAGUAGGUUUUAUUAGGGCACAGCUUAUGUUAAUAUCAGCCUGGUCUGCACAUGGACAUAUUGCAUCAGGGAGAUCCAUAUUGCCUUUUAUGAAGUGAGAUUCUGUCAAAA